AUGUCGCAGUCGCAGUCGCAUACCCAAGAUAGGCCCCGGAAGUAUAAGGAAGAGCCGGCUCCUGGAGCGGCGCAGAAAAUGGUGACGCAAUCCCCGGCCCAGGCUCAUUAUCCUUCGCCACACCCGUCCAACCCUCAGGUUCCUCCACCUCAUCAAUCACCCUACCUCCAGCAAAUCCCUGGACCUCAAGGACAACAACAGCAGGACGUGCCUUACUAUCCGCACCCUAGCACGUACAGCGCCAACAGUGCACCAAGUAACUACUCAGCUUCAGAAGGUCCAGAAUUGAUGGCCGCUGCGACAAUGAACAGGUCGGGGUACCCGCCGAUUUCUUAUCACACACCUCAAUCCAACUCGCCAGCUUCAGUGCAAUCUCCUCAGCAUGAUCAACAUGGACGUCCCAUCUAUGGCCAACAACCUGCGCAGAUGCAACAGCCGCCGAUGUAUUACACUCCAUAUGGGAACACUGGGGUUCCUCAGCACUCGCCCUACCCUCAGCACCCAUCUACGCAGCAACAGCAACAGCAGCCGAUGACCAGCUCCCUUCUCAUGUCUCAUCAGCAGCCAGGACAGCCACCGAUGCAUCCGCAUCAGCCUCAUCCGAACACUCCUGGAAUGCCCACAGGUAGCCCGAAGUCGCGUAUGUCGCAAACCCCAUUGCAACGACCGCCAUCAAACCUAGGCGCUCCACCCCAGGCUCCUCCUCAAGGUCCUCCAGUCGGCGCACCAAACAUGCAUGCAGGCGGUCCUCCAGGCUCAAAUGUGAACCCCAACGCUGCCCCGGGCCCGAUUCCAGCAACCACCCCGCUAGUGGUUAGGCAAGACCAGAAUGGUGUCCAGUGGAUCGCUUUUGAAUACUCGCGCGAUCGCGUCAAGAUGGAGUAUACUAUCCGAUGCGAUGUCGAAUCCAUCGAUGUGAAGGAUCUCCCGCAAGAAUUCAAAACGGAGAACUGCGUUUAUCCCCGCGCAUGUUGUCCCAAGGAUCAGUACAAGGGAAAUCGUUUGGCCUACGAGACCGAAUGUAACCAUGUUGGUUGGGCACUCGCACAAUUGAACCCCUGCCUCAGAGGCAAGAGGGGCCUCAUCCAGCGAGCAGUCGAUAGCUGGCGUAAUAGCAACCAAGACCCUCGUCUGCGGAGUCGACGCGUACGACGACAGGCGAAGAUGAACAACAGGAAGGCUGUUAAUGCUUCCCAUGGUAACCCUAUGACUGGGCCAGGUGCCUCAGGCCCAACUGGGGUGUCACCUGGCAUCCCAGCUCCACCUCAACAGAUGGGUAUGGGAGGUUCGCAGUUGCAUCAUCACCAUGAGCAUCCCGGCGGACCUCCAGGAAGACCAGAAGAUGUUAGCGCCAACGAAUAUCCCGAGGGAGCUACCCAUCACCAUCAAGCACCCAACGGACAAUCAUCACCAAACAAUGUGCGCCAAGCUCAGAAUUUCUACCCGUCCUUUCCCACCAACGAUUCGGUAGCGGGGUCGAGUGGCAUGCCGCCAAUGCACGAUGGAAUGGGCCAUCCCCCACCUCCACAUGCUUCGGGUGUACCCGUCGCAAAGCACGAUCAAGACGAGGAAGAGCGAAAAUUGGCCAUGUUCGGCGACCUACCUGAGUCGAAACGGAGGAAAUUCAUUCUCGUCGACGAUGCUCAACGCGGUACACGCGUGAGAGUUCGAGUUACGCUCGAUACAGUAAAGACUGAGGAGAUGCCUGAUUCGUACCGCAAAUCGAACUCGGUAUUCCCCCGCAGCUACUUUCCUAUGCAAAUGACAUCUCCGCCAGCCAGUCCCCGAGGUAGCCGCGUCUUCAAGGACGAGGCGGAUUCGGAGAGCGACCCUGGCUUCCCUCUAGCGGGCUCGUCCCUCGUGCCUGUACCAAUUAUCGAAGGAGAGGCGCAAGUUCCGAAACCGCGCCUUACCAGAGCAAAACGAUCGAAGGAGAUCACGUUGAACGAUCUGGGCUAUCGCAUGAGCUGGAGCCAGAGCCGAGUCUUCGCCGGUCGCACGUUGUUCCUACAAAAAUCUCUUGAUGCAUACCGCAACAAGAUGCGCAGCAGCAUGAUGGGAGCUGGUCACGAUGUUACGGCAGUGGCACCACACUUCGAAACCCGUGUCGGGAAGCGCAAGUGGAACGAGAGGAUCGAGAAGAACAAGAAGUCGAGGCGCGAUGCCUCGCCUUAA